AUGUGACAGCAAAGAAAAACUGGAAUUAACAUCCUGGGACAUGGAAAUUUAUAUUUUCUCUCCUUUGCGUGGGCUCAGUAUUGCUUCAUUUCAAAAGCGACUGGUUCAUUUUGCGCUUUUCCAAAAAGGUUCAUUCCCUUUGGAUUUUUCUUCCAUGAGGAUGCUCAAAAAGUCUGCAACGGACAAGGACAGUUGAAUGCAGCUUCCGAUGUGCACAAAAGAAUGGGUUUUCAUUCAAGGUGGCCAUUGGUGGGACCUGCACCAGCGGCUCUGUGUCUGUAUAUGAUCAGCAUGCUUCUUGUGUGCCUGCUGCCUUCUGCAUCAUGCACAACCUGCCCUCAAAAAUGCCGCUGUGAGGACCUGCAGUUCUACUGCGACACCCAAGGACUACAGGCACCCCCAGAUGGUGUGGACAAAGGGGCCCUGGGGCUUUCACUACGGCACAACAGUAUCACUGAACUCAGCCCAGAUCAAUUCUACGGCUUUAGUCAGCUUACCUGGUUACACCUUGACCACAACCAGAUCACAACAGUUCAAGAAGAUGCCUUUCAAGGGCUCUACAAGUUGAAGGACCUCAAUCUGAGCUCCAAUCGUAUCACCAAGUUGCCAAAUACAACCUUCAUUCACCUCAUCAAUCUGCAGAUUUUGGACCUGUCCUUCAAUCAGAUGACAGCACUGGAACCAGAACUGUUCCAUGGAUUAAGAAAGCUCCAAAUACUCCACCUUCGGUCCAAUUUACUUCGUACCACACCUGUUCGGGCAUUCUGGGACUGUCGGAGCCUGGAAUACCUUGGCCUGAGCAGCAACCGUCUAAGGAGUCUAGCACGAAAUGGUUUUGCUGGGCUCAUUAAACUCAAAGAGCUCCACUUGGAGCACAAUCAGUUGACAAAGAUCAACUUGGCCCAUUUCCCACGCCUCGUUGGCCUCCAAUUUCUCUACCUGCAGUGGAAUAAGAUCAACAACAUAACUUGUGGCAUGGAAUGGACCUGGACUACUUUAGAGAAGCUGGACCUAACAGGAAAUGAGAUCCGUGUCUUGACACCUGAUGUCUUUCAAACGCUGCCAAAUCUGAAAAUAUUAUUGUUGGAUAACAACAAAUUAAGUAGUCUGGAUGCCCAAGUCAUGGAUAUGUGGCAGUCCCUAAGUACUGUUGGAUUGUCUAGCAACCUCUGGGAAUGUACCAAAAGGAUUUGCUCUCUAGCCACUUGGCUAAGCAGCUUCAAGGGAAGGUGGGAACAUUCAAUUCUCUGCCAUAGCCCCGAAUAUGCCCAAGGUGAAGAAAUUCUUGAUGCUGUAUAUGGAUUCCAACUUUGUCAGAAUUUCUCAGCACCAGUUGUCCAGACCACUAGUACAACCACAGACGCUACCACAGCUGCAGAGAUGACAAGCUCCUUUUUUGGAAUUAUGCAGCCAACCCCGACGCAGGACUACGCAGAGGAUUUUGGGAGCUUUACCACACUAACAACCACAAUAACCACAACACAAACACCUAUCAUAUUUCAAGCAACCACCACUGCAAUGGAAGAAGCAGCGGUGACAGAUGACUUCUCUAUCAUGGACAACACUGUUAUGACUCAUAGGGUUAUUAUGGGAACUAUGGCUCUUCUGUUUUCAUUCUUUUUCAUCAUAUUUGUUGUAUAUAUCUCACGGAAGUGCUGCCCCCCAACCCUGCGCCGAAUACGCCACUGUUCCGCUAUUCAGAACCGCAGACAGAUGAGGACCCAGCAGCGGCAGCCAAUGGCAGAUUUAGCUACACAGGUGCCCUAUAAUGAGUAUGAGCCCAGCCAUGAGGAAGGCGCACUUGUGAUCAUUAACGGAUACGGGCAGUGCAAGUGUCAGCAACUGCCUUACAAAGAGUGUGAAGUGUAA